UUUUCUCUUACAAUUACGCGCUUACUCCAAAUAUAAAUCCACCACAUUAACACAAACCAAUCCUUAAAACGAAAGAUAAAAAAGAAACAGCAAUCAACACAUCCAAUCCGAUGAAGAAAAGAUCCAGUUCCACGAUUUCACAGGCCAAAACAGACGAUCAGAAAACCCCACUUGUGCCAAUUGACAGCGAUACCGGGCCUCACGAUGAUUCCAACAAGCCCCAAAAUGUCAUCCCGAGAUCAGAUUCCUCUGCACUGACACAGACGUUAGCCGGUGCGUCCCAUCUAGCAAACCUUCUUCCCACAGGCACUCUCCUCCUUUUCCAAGUGCUCUGCCCGAUGGUCUCCAAUAACGGCCACUGCGACCACGUCAGGCGUUCCAUGACCGCAAUCCUGCUUACCUGCUGCGGACUUUCGGGCUUCCUGGCCAGUUUUACAGACAGUUUUAAGGGCUCCGAUGGGAAGAUAUACUACGGCUUUGCCACGCUGAAAGGGCUCUAUACUUUCGAAUACAUGAGCCCGGGCAGCGGAGCACCCGACCCGGCAAAGUAUAAAUUGCGGCUGGUAGAUUUCAUGCACGCAUUUCUUUCUGUGCUGGUGUUUGCGGCCAUAGCUCUGUAUGACAAGAACGUUGUGGGAUGUUUCUACCCGGCCCCGAAAGAGGAGACCGAGGAGAUUCUUGGUGUACUGCCCGUGGCCAUCGGUCUAGUCUGCACCACGCUUUUCGUUGUCUUCCCCACCACGCGCCAUGGAAUUGGGUAUCCCGUCUCAAAUUAAUGUUACCCAUAUCUAAUUAUUUCAAAUGGGAUUUGUUUUAUUGUUUUAUUUCUUUUUUUCGGUUACUGUUUCCUUGAAAAGACUGCAAACUGUUGCUGUAUAGGCAAUUAUCCUCUGGGGUUUCGGAAUUGUUUACUUUUUGAGGCAAUUCUGAUCCUGUACUGUAAUUCAUGAAAUUUCCGAGAUUUUGAUAUUUCAGAUACAAUGUCUAGUCACCAACAUCUUACGUCAAGAAAUAUUCCUGUCGUAGCAUCUUUCUUCCGGCACAAUCACCUUUCGGUAUACGUCAAUGUUAUUUUACAUCAGUGUUGCAGAGAGUACGUGCAGGCAAGGGAAUCAAGCAAAUACAGAGACAGGCGCUCCAUGUGACUGUGUCUUUAGGGUUGGCUUGUCAAUUCGGAUACAGGAAUAGGAGAAGACAUGUACGUAAGCACGUGAAGUGUAAGACUUGUUACAAACAGCGGGUAAGGGGGAAAGAACUGAGGAGUUCAGGAGAUCUAAUCGUUGUAACAGUAUGACAGUACUGGGUAUAAAAGUUUGUUCCAUGGAGCUUUCAAUCA